GGGUUCCCAGCCCCCAGAGGGGUCCCCAGCCCCAGAGGGGUCCCCAGCCCCCAGAGGGGUCCCCAGCCCUGGGCCAGUGAGGCAGAGCACGAGGAGCUCUCCUGGGGGAGCUCUCCUGAUGAGUUAAACUCACACCUGGAGCUGCUCACUGCCCGUGCCUCCUUGGGCUUUAUGAAAUGUCUUUUAUUGCCAGUCAGGAGUCCCUGAUCUCACAGGGGCAGAGCAAAGCUCGGUCAGAGUGGGGCAAAGCUCCUCUGCCGCCCUGACCAGGGCCCAAAGGGCCCUCCAGGGAUGUCCAGGCUCUUCUGGCUCCCAUCCCUCCAGGGAUGUCCAGGCUGUUUUCCUGUCCCAUCCCUUCAGGGAUGCCCAGGUUGUGUUCCUGACCCAUCUCCAGGUUCUUUCCUGUCCCAUCUCCCCAAGGAUGCCCAGGUUGUGUUCCUGAGGUUCUUUCCUGUCCCAUCUCCCCAAGGAUGCCCAGCUUGUUCUCCUGAGGUUCUUUUCCUGUCCCAUCCCUCCAGGGAUGUCCAGGUUGUUCUCCUGACCCAUCUCCACGUUCUUUUCCUGUCCCAUCUCCCCAGGGAUGCCCAGGUUUUUCUCCUGAGGUUCUUUCCUGUCCCAUCUCCCCAAGGAUGCCCAGGUUUUUCUCCUGAGGUUCUUCUCCUCUCCCAUCUCCCCAGGGAUGCCCAGGUUUUUCUCCUGAGGUUUUUUCCUCUCCCAUCUCCCCAGGGCUGCCCAGGCUGUUCUGGCUCCCCUCCCCAAGUCCCUCCCCUCUGUCAGCAGACCCCGAGUCCCCCUGCUCAGAGCCAUUCCCUGUCCCCACAUUUGUCCCAUCUGCUGCUGGCAGCUUCCAGGAGGAGCUGGCCCACAUCAGGAACGAUGCCAAGGCAGGAGGAAAGGCUGGAUUGCUGCUGGGAGCACACAGACUCCAGCCCUGCCUGCCCUAAACGAGCUGUUGGGGAUUAUUUUUCAUUUUGUGGAGGUGUGUGGGCAGCCAGAGGCACUGGAGGGUGCAGUGUUGCUAUUUUGGCCGAGUUUUGUCAGCCUGUUCCUCCCCUGCUGUCUGAGCCGCGCCCUCAAAGCUUUGGGAUCGUCCCUUUCCCGUCAGGGGUCAGCGUUUCUGGUUUUAUUUUUAAUUUUUUGUCUCAAAUUAAAGGCUGCCAGCCUCCCUUUCCCACAGGGCUGGCUCGCAGCUGUUCUGGGGACAGAUUUGGCUCUGCCUGCACCACUUCAGAAACAUUUGGGGGUCUGGGCUUCCCACCCUGAGCUCUGCAGGCUGCAGCAGGAAGGAUUUGGGACAAAAAUCCUGUUUUGAGCUGGGGUGCCCUGGAAUAAAUUCCCCCCCUGCCCCAAGGCUGAAAACCCCUUUGUUUGGAAUAUUUUCCCUUUAUUUGGAAUAUUUAUUAUAUUCCCUUUAUUUGGAAUAUUUCUCAUGUAAAUGUGAGGAAGUUUCCCUGCACAGAGGCUGCCCUGAUGCUCAAAUGCUUUUGAUAAUUUAAAGUGCCUAAAGUGCUUCCACACUGAGCUUCAGGUGGUGAGAAAGGGCUCAAAUUCUUCAUUUCAGGUGGUGAGAAAGGGCUCAAAUUCUUCAUUUCAGGUGAUGAAGUUUGAUAGAAAAGGCCUCAAAUUCCUCAUUUCAGGUGAAGGGGUUUGGUGGGAAGGGGCUCAAAUUCUCCAUUUCGGGUGGUUUGGUAACAAAGGGCUCAAAUUCUUCAUUUCAGGUGAUGGGAAAGGGCUCAAAUUCUUCAUUUCAGGUGAAGGGGUUUGGGGGAAAGGGCUCAAAUUCUCCAUUUCAGGUGAAGGGGCUCAAAUUCCUCAUUUCAGGUGGUUUGGUGGAAAGGGGCUCCAAUUCUUCAUUUCAGGUGAAGGGGUUUAGUAGCAAAGGCCUCAAAUGCCUCAUUUCAAACCCCCAGUUGAUAAAGCAGAGAUAAAGAGAGGGGCAGAGCCAGGGCUGAUAAUGGGAGAUCAGGGUGAGGGAGCAGGAAGACGAGGAAAUCUUCACAAAAUUGGCUUUUUUGGCUUCUUCUAAGGAACUUUCUGUGUCAGGAUCACAUAUUACACCAGCAAUGGAUGUUUUGGUCUGGGUAAGAGCAUCCCUUACUUCUGUUACUGAUAUUCCCUGUGUGACCACAGAAUUUCUCCAGGAUUUGCUCCUGUUUGGCCGCAGAUUUGGGUGUGAGCUGCUCAGAGCUGUGAGCAGGAGCUUUUCUCUUCCUCACAGGUGAAUUUGGAAGGUGGAGGAGGGAUAAAUUGUGUAAAUUCCCUAAGGUAGGGAAGGAUUGGGGGGAUGGAUGGAUGGAUGGAUGCUGGUUUUCCUUUUUGAGGUCACAUCCUGCCCGUGAGACGUCCGUGGUUUAUUUAUUUGGUAGAGUGAAUAUUUUGUAUACGGGCGCGAGAGGAAGGCUUUUAUGGCUUUUAUUAUAAAAUUUUUAUGGAAAAAGAGGGGGGAAAAUAAAAAUGUGUGGAAAAAGGGAAAA